AUGGACCGGAGAUGGUUUGGUUCACAACAGGACAAUUUGGCUUUUCCACUUAUAUGUCCAGAUUGGAAUGCAGACGAAGAAUCAUUACUUCUGGAGGACUUGUCCCAUGUCAUGAAAAAGAGCAGGGAGCAGCUCCUUGCCAUGGCCAAAGAAUUCAAGAAAGAAGUUCCAAUGCUUGGGAAGGUUACAGUGGAAGAAAGAGUCCCCCCUUCUCAGAGAGAGUCAAAAACCAAUAUUCUUGAGACAAUGUUUCCUCAUGGGGAUUUCUGUUUAUAUAUUUUGUAUGUGUCAUGUACAACUGACAAAGCAUGUAUCUUAUUGAAAUCAAAGGUAGGUACAGGUUCAGUCUUAGGUGCAGUGAAGAAGACAUCUAACAAAAUCCAGAUCAAUGAUGAAGCUAAAGCAGAAGAUUUGCUUUCUGAAUUACAUCUUAUGUUACGGAGCCACAAGUUGAAUUUGUGCGGAAUUGCAAGUAAAACUCAGGUGGACUGGAGUAUCGGAGAGAAAACUCGGUUGUCGGGGGUUGAGAAACCUUUUAAGAUGGAGUUGAGUGGCUACAAUUCCAAGAGGCAGGAGUUCGAAAUUGAAUAUGACAAUGAUGCAGAGCAGUUGUUGGCAGAUAUGGAAUUUAAGGAUUCUGACACCAAUACUGAGCGUGAAUUAAAACCAGUACUGCAUAUUUACUCAAAAAGACUUGAUGAGAGGAAAUACAAGAAAGACUUCACAUUGGAAAGAAAUCUGUUUUAUCCUGACCCUUUUGAGAAAAAUCUCUCACCAGAAGAGAAGGAGAUGCAACUGCAGAAUAAGGCUUUCAUGCAGUAUCGAAUUGUCAACAGGAUACAAGAUCUUCAGAUCCUGUGUCACUCACCUAAUUACAAAUUUGCAAGCAAGCUUGAGCUGCUGGUUGCUGAACAGUUAAUGAGGCAAAUAGGUUCAUUGAACAGAAGAGGAAGAGGGAAACCAAAGAAAGGUGCACUUAGAAUUAAUUAGGAGAGUUCUCGGGCUGGUCCUAGUGGUAAAGGUGCAAAAAGCCCUAUCAUGUCAAUGGUGAAGCACAACGGCCCUCGGGGACUUGCCAGGGGAUCCACACAUUACAUCU